ACAUCUGUUUUCCCCAAAUUAGGAGAUCGUACCCACAUCAAGCCCUAGAAUUUUCGAGAACGCGAAGAUGGCGAGACCUGCGAGGCAAUCGGGAACAUCAUCGACGACAACAACAGCCACUACCAUAACCCUAGAAAACCCAGCUCCGCCGCAGACCACAACCCUGACCUUAACGCUCAAUCCGAGGAAGAAGAAGGUGACGUGGAAAGAAGGUACCGUCGAUAACGAAUUCCUUCAAAAGAAGAGCUCAAAGAAAUGCUGCAUCUUCCACAAAGAAAAACCUUUCGAUGAAGACUCCAGUGACGACGAGGAUGAUCACGAUCACGAUCACGACCACGAUCAUGAACAUUAUUGCGGUGGAUCAAAAAAGGAAGAGGACGGAGCAUCGACGAGCUAGGUUAUUCCUAAUCGAUUUUUACUACUGUGCAAGUUGUGAAAGCAAUGAAUUUUUGCGAGGGUUAAAGCUUUUGGGGAAAAUUUCCAUGUGUGUAUAGAAUCCUAAUCAUGAUUUACAUAUUUUGAAUCAGAUGCGCUGGUUCUGAUAAUGCAAUCGAGUUGGAUUUGUGCUGUUGUUUCACAUAUUGAUUGAUUUUUGGUUUCUAUGUGGAUGUUGAUUGAUAUUUGAUCUGUAGCUGCUUGAUUGCAUUUGUGAUCUAAGUAUAUAUGUAUAUUAGAAGCUUUAUUUCAGAUUCAUAUCAUAUAAAGCACUUGAUCUCUGUAUUGGGUCUUCCUUUAUCCAAAAAGAUUGGAAAGAUGUGGGAUUUAUCAUA